AAAUGUCUUUCAGUACGCAAUGGGACGUGUGAUCAGGGGACAGAGAAAAGGUGCAGGCUCCGUGUUCAGGGCCCACGUCAAGCACAGAAAAGGUGCUGCUAAACUCCGACACAUUGACUUUGCUGAACGCCAUGGCUACAUCAAGGGCAUUGUAAAGGACAUCAUCCACGACCCGGGUCGUGGUGCUCCCCUGGCCAAAGUGGUCUUCCGUGAUCCGUACAGAUUCAAGAAGAGGACAGAGCUCUUCAUUGCUGCUGAGGGGAUCCACACCGGACAGUUCAUCUAUUGUGGCAAGAAAGCUCAGCUGAACAUUGGUAAUGUUCUCCCUGUUGGAACGAUGCCUGAGGGAACCAUCAUCUGCUGCGUGGAGGAGAAGCCCGGGGACAGAGGCAAGCUGGCCCGAGCAUCAGGAAACUACGCCACGGUCAUCUCUCACAACCCCGAGACUAAGAAGUCCAGAGUCAAGCUGCCCUCAGGCUCCAAGAAGGUCAUCUCCUCCGCCAACAGAGCUGUUGUUGGUGUGGUCGCUGGAGGUGGUCGUAUCGACAAGCCCAUCCUGAAGGCUGGUCGUGCUUAUCACAAGUACAAGGCCAAGAGGAACUGCUGGCCACGUGUCCGUGGUGUGGCCAUGAACCCCGUAGAGCAUCCCUUCGGUGGUGGUAACCAUCAGCACAUUGGCAAACCCUCAACAAUCAGGAGGGACGCACCUGCUGGUCGUAAGGUUGGUCUUAUUGCUGCCCGUCGUACAGGAAGACUGCGUGGAACUAAGACUGUCCAGGAGAAGGAGAACUAACUCUGACUGUGGUUAAUAAAACAUCUUCCAAAUCAA